AUGUACGAUACUUUUGACGAUCAGUACGCCGCCACCAUCGGGAUCGAUUUUUUGCUGAAAACCAUGUACUUGGAAGAUAACAGAACCAUCCGGUUGCAGUUGUGGGACACGGCGGGGCAAGAAAGGUUCAGAUCAUUGAUCCCCUCAUACAUACGAGACUCGCAUGUGGCGGUGGUAUGUUACGAUAUUACCAACAAAAAGUCGUUUCAGAACUUGGAAAAGUGGAUCAACGACGUGCGCCUCGAGCGUGGCGACGACGCUAUCAUUGUGUUGGUGGGAAACAAACUUGAUCUUAAAAAUAAGCGCCAAGUGACUGCCGAAGAGUGUGAAGAAUUACAUAAAAAGGUUGGAAGUAAAUUUUACAUCGAGACGUCCACGAAAGCCAAUCAUAACGUCAAGUUGCUCUUCAAGAAGAUUGGUCAAUGUCUCCCAGACUCCAGUGACGGCGAAGGCAAUGGCGACUCCCAAAAUGCUGGUAACACUGAGACCAUAGAUAUCACCGUGAACCAGAAUCCCGAAGGACAGAAGAGUGGUUGCUGUUGA